AUGGUUUCGAAACCCAAGCGAGUUGCAACUCCAGCAGCAAGAAAGGCGGCUGCACGCAUGCGUGCGGCCGAGGAAAGUGCCUCUCACGCCUCAGCAGCAGGCGAUUUGUCGCCUGUUGUUGUGAAUCCUCCACGUGGUGAGUCACUACGUGCAACAAGUUCAUCCGUUGCGUCUGCAGAGGUACUUCGGGUCGAAAUCAAGAUGAGUCGGAAAUAG